AUGAAAGCCAUCAGCACCCGAUAUAUUAUAAGAUGCCUGAAUGCUGCUUUGUAUGGAUUAGUUAUUGUAUUUACAUUGGCGGCAACAAUCAUUGACCCAACCGAUUAGGUGGUGAUUGAUUACAGAUAAAGAAUGUUAGAGAGUCAAGAAGAUAUUAGAGAUGAGGAAAGUGAAUAACCAUAAAAAUUUCUAAAAGAUAACAUGCAUUUCUGUAGCUUCUUUACUUUUGUUCUCAUAAUGAACGUGAUAUCAUUCAUAUUAAACACUUACCUGGUAAUUUUGCACAUUUACUUGAAAUAUAAAGGAAUAACCACAUAUGAAUAUGUUUUGAUGGCUUCUAAGCCUAAAAUCAAGAAAUACAUAAUCAAUCAAAAUCAUCAUGACAUCUCUAACAAUACUAACACAGACAUAGGAAUCAUGAAUAAAGACACUCAUAUGCAUCAACUGCAUAGCAGCAACUAGAUGAUGAUGAAUAACUCACAUAACAUUAAGCAGAUUCCAAACUACUCUAAGUAGAUGCUUUCAGAUAACCCCAGAAUUGAUUCAGGCAGGUUUCAAGAAGAUGAUGUUUAUAACUACUCACCUAGAGAGGAGAGUUUAGGAUAGACAAUGCAGAACUUAAGCGCAAGUUAAGAUAUAAGAGUAAAUUUUGAAAAACCUAAGUCUAUGCGUUCGCCUUAACUAAAUAAUGGAAGUAGUGGUCCUUAGUUAAAGAUGAUGAACAUCCAAUCUAAUCCUAGCAUUUUUCUUUCACCGAGUUUCCAGCCAAAGCCAAGAUCGCCCGGCAUUCUGCCGAUCAUCGAUGCAAAAUAUCUAACAAAACUGCAAAAGAUAGCACACAGUAUGAUGGACAGAGAGUUCUUUUAGUUAAGUCAGCGUAUGAGUAAGAAUUCUCCCCUUUAACUUAGUCAUUAAUGA